AUGUUUGUGCUUACUCCACGCCUUGCACCCGCCUACCAGGCAGCACCGUGCGGUCCAUUUGGCUUCUGCGGUCCGUCAUCACAGCCAGUGUACAACUACCGCGUCUCACGUCUACGACCACAGCCUCGUCGCCCACAGUACUCUUCUUUCAACAACUUCUUCAGCCAAGUCGAUGAGUUGCUAGGCGAGAUCGAUCGAGAAGCUCAACGUCAAGCCCAGCUUGAAGCGCAUCUUGAGGCGCAACGUGAAGCACACCGUCAAAGGCAGCAACAGAGGAAGCAAGCGUUGCGCGCAAAGUUCGCCGUCAACCAGACUGAACAGGGCUGGCAGGUCGAUGGUGAUAUCCAGGGUUUUACUCAGGACAAUAUCAACAUCGAAGUGACUGAUGAGCACACUUUGAGGAUCGCUGGCAACACGGAGUGGCAAUCAGAGAAGGCCCAACCAGAAGAAACGCAGCAGCCAGAACCAGUAGCUAUUGCGGCCCUCGAAGACGCCCAAACCCAAUCGCAGCCCGAGAAUGAAGAGGCCGACAAGACGGAGACAGCCAGCGUUCAGGCUGUUGCGUCUGACAGUGAUACCGAAUCGCAUAAGUCAUAUCAGCCCACUGUCGAGGACGACUACGAGGAUCUAGGUGCGGAGACUUCAUCUGUCAUCUCCUCAUCAUCAAGCGCUUCCAAAUCUGCCACGCCCGCAGAACCCAAGGGCAAGGAGAAGGCUGUCGAGCCGAGCACUACCACCGAGACUGCAGUGGUUCCUCAGCCACAGCCAGAAGCACCAGUGCAACCACGCCAAGCGCAACAAGAAGAACGCGCCCAUGGUACCUUCCAGCGUACCUUCCGUUUCCCGGAAAGAAUCGAUGCCAAUAACGUCAGCGCCAGCUUCAAGGAGGGUGUUCUUAAGAUCACCGUCCCAAGGGCACAGGUUCCUCGGUCCAGGAGGAUAGCUAUUCUAUAG